AUGGAGCAAUGCGACGCGGAGAUCCCAUCCAGGGUAGGCGGGCUUUCCUACGGCGGCGACGGCUACAGGGAGGACCGCCUCAGCGCGCUUCCCGACGACUUGCUUAUCCAUAUCCUUCUCAAGAUCCUCGACGCCGCCGGCGCCGCGCGGACCAGCGUCCUCUCCCGCCGCUGGCGCCGCCUCUGGACCCUCCUGCCGGAGCUCCUCUUCCCCAACAGUAACCCCCAUCACAUACGCCUCGCCCUCACCGCCCAUGAAGCGCCGGCCCUACGCAAGCUCGCCGUCACCGUCACAGACCCCAACCCUGAGUCCGUGGCGGCCUGGCUUCCCAUCGCCGCGCGCCGCCUCUCUGGCGAUCUUUUCCUCUUUAACAUGGCUCAGCGGAACGAAUCGGAGGACGAGGCCGGGGAAAGAGGCGCCUUUGAGCUCCCCUGCUUCGAGAGGGCCACCGCAAUCGUGCUCCCCUGCCAAGGGCCCCUUGCCCUUGAGGUCUCCAUGCCGCCUGCCGGUGUAUUCGCGCAGCUCACUGCUCUCAAGCUAGUCUGCGUCGAUCUACAUGGCCCGUGCAGGCUCGGUGAACUUGUCUCCUCGCCGCGGUGCCCAUCUUUGCGGAAACUCAUCAUCGACAAUGCCAGGGGUCUGCGCAACUUCACCAUUCAUUCCAAGUCUCUCCUGUAUAUCGAGCUGAAGAAUCUGUGGCCAGAUGAUCUCCUUGGUUUGGGCAACUUCACCGUUCAUUCGGACUCUCUGAAGCGAAUGACGCUGAAGAGUCUGCAUUCCUUGCAGCAGCUCACUGUUACGGCACCAGUACUCAGAUUUCUAAGUGUGAGCUUCUGCUUUAAUCCCAGCAGUAAUCAACCCGUUGCAAGCAUCUCGGCCCCUCAGCUGGUAACCCUCCAGUGGAGGGAUAUUUAUCAUACAACCUACACCCAGCUUAAGAUGGAAAAUCUACAACUGCUGGGGGCCAACCACUUUUUUGUAUAUGGACAAGAGCUACACAAGAUGUACAAUAGCAAUUGUGUGGGGCUUCUACGGCGCUUUGAGCUCAUCGAGAAUGUCGUAUUAACGCUUCUCUAUCACAUGGAAAUUACUAACCACGAGUACUUGAUGGAAGACAUGGCAAGGCUCCCAAACAUCGCAGUCAUGGGCCUGUAUAUAGAUGCAAACAGACAUUCCUUUGGAGGCAGUUUGUUCCAUCUCCUCAGUAUCUGUACUGGUGUCAAAAAGCUGUCUCUUACACUUCUUGGCAGAACUUGCUGUCUGGCGGCACAUACUGAUGCGUGCCGAUCAGACUGUGUCUGCAAUGAGCAAUCUAACUGGAAGACCGAGGAACUAGUGCUGGAUCGCCUCAAAGAAGUAGAAGUUUGUGAGCUGAGAGGAACUGAGCGUGAAGCUGCUGUUCUGAAACGGUUAUUCGAUUGGGCAAGGGUGCUAGAAACCAUGACGGUAACUUUCGAUCGCUCCAUCCCUGCAAGCAAGGCCAAGGAGUUCUGCCGGAUGCUACAAAGCUUCUCAAGGCCAGAUGUUUGCAUGAAAGGCCCACACUUUGCCUGAUCUAGCCGUAGCGCCACUUGUUCAAGAACAGUUUGCUUGCUACAGAAGCUUGUCACUUAGGCUGGUGGUCGCUUUGUAGUUCUCAUGUCCAGUGUCAGUAUCAACUGCAGUGUUUUAUGAACUUCAGAAUCUGGUAUAUCCUUCCAAGAUGUUAAGAGGCUGUAUCAAUUGCAGCUUUUGCGACUAUCUUAUAUUGUAGGUUACGGGAUGUGCUAGACUGUUAAAACAUGCUUGAUGGUUUGUUUACUCUACAUAUGGAGGUCUAAACGUUAGCUC